GGCCUUUCUCCAAUGCAUUACUCCAACGAAUGCAUGGCAGAGAAGCAAACCAUGAAUUUUUUCGACGAUUUCAUUAAAUUCCAAUCCCUUCCGUCCGUCGCCGACGUUCGUAUCCUCACUUCUGGCGGGCUGAGCAUCCCGGCGCAUUCUAGCAUUCUGGCAUCCGUGUCGCCAGUGUUGGAUAAGAUCUUGGAUCGGCCUCAGAAGCGUCGGAAUUCGCCGGAGAAACUGAUACCAAUCCUCGGCGUCCCUUGCAAUGCCGUCGUCGCUUUCGUUAGAUUUCUCUAUUUAUCCAGAUGCGUAGACGAAGAUCUGGCCAGAUACGGGCUGCACCUGCUGGUGCUGUCCCACGUGUACUCCGUGCCGCAUCUGAAGCGGGCAUGCGCGAGAGCACUGGCGGGGCAGCUGACGGCCGAGAACGUUGUGGACGUGCUACAGCUAGCGAGGCAAUGCGACGCACCCUACUUGAACGUGAAAUGCUUGAAGUUGCUAGCAGAGGACUUCGGGACCGUGGAGAAGACGGAAGGUUGGAAGUUCUUGCAAGAUCAUGAUCCCUUACUCGAGCUCGAACUCCUCCAGUUCCUCGAUGAAGCAGAAUCUAGACAGAGGCGAAGGAUGAGGAAUAGACAAGAUCAAAGCUUGUAUCUGCAACUAAGCGAGGCGAUGGAAUGCUUGCAGCACAUCUGCACAGAAGGUUGCACCAACGUGGGUCCCAGCGACAAGGAACCAGAUACGAGGAAGGGGCCAUGCAAGAAGUUCUCCACGUGCAGCGGCCUACAGCUCCUCAUUCGCCACUUUGCCACAUGUAAGAAGAGGGUAAGGGGCCGCUGUUCCCACUGCAAGCGGAUGUGGCAGCUCCUUCGCCUCCAUUCUUCCAUCUGCGAUCAACCAGAUCCUUGCAAAGUUCCUCUUUGCAGGCAGUUGAAACUGAGGAUGCAAUUGGAGAAGAAAGGAGAAGAUGGGAGGUGGAGGCUAUUGGUGAGGAAGGUGGUGUCUGCCAAAGCCAUUUCUACCUUAUCCAAGAGGAAAAGAGACGAAGAACCAGACAAAGCCUGGAUUAUGGGAUAGAUUGAUUUCUUCUUUCUAGUGUAGUUUCUCCUUGUUCAGUGUAAAUGGGAGGAUGCCAUUUUUCUUUUCUUUUUAUUCUUUUUGACAUCCUUAGCUUAGUAAGGGAAUCCUCUGGCCUUGGGCCCACCUUUCCUGGAUAACCGUUCACAGCACCGAUGUUAUUUGUUUGCUGAUACAAGGGAUAUUAUGCUAUUUUAUUCCUUGUUCGGUGUCGGAGCUGUUCUUUUAAUAGGGUUUUGUAAAUACUACAUUUGUAUGUGAGGAAAUUCGUAUGCACUAUAAUUUCUCUUGGCA